GAUUUUGGAUGGAGUCUAUUGAUCCUCCCAUUUUCACUUUCACAGUCCCACGUGUAGUAUUCUGUGUGCAGAGUUAAUCUACAAUUUAGAUUUCCCUCUAAAAAGCUAGUUCUGCUUUAAUUUUGAAGGUCGGUAGGUUAUUUCGACUUAUUUUCUAGCUACAGAGAAGAUAUGGCAAAGCCACAGUGCCUUUUGCUGCUUAGUUCCAGUUCAGAAGGUGGAAUCCAAGCUCAGUCCUUCAUUCAUGCAUUCACCUUGGCCCAUUCAGCCUUCAAUGUACAAAUCACUUCUAAAGAGGGUAGACUAGGAGACUUUGUAGGUAAUGAUGAGAAUAGUAAAAGAUGGAUCAGUGAUUUUCGUUCUAAGCCCUACUCGAUGCCUCUCAGACUGGACGCAGUUGAAGCCUCCAGAUAUGCAGCCUUAUUGAUACCAGACUGUACAGGCGCCCUCUAUGAUUUGACAAAGGACAGGGUUUUAGGUGCCAUCAUCAAACACUUUGUUGCUGAAAAGAAACUUAUAUGUGCAAUCGGAUCAGGGGUGGCGGCUCUCUGCUCCACCAAGUCCUCAGAAACAAAGUCAUCAAAGUGGUUAUUUGCAUCUUACUGCCUUACUGCGCCCUCGGUGUACGAGUUGGCGAGAUUGUCCUCUUUUUCCAGUCUACCCGUCAUUCUGGAGGAUUUCAUCAAAGACAAUGCAGGGAAAUAUACAGCAAGUGAAGCUGGUGCUAUUCAUGUCGUCGUUGACCGCUGUCUCAUAACUGGACAAAACGAAGCGUCCACGAUCAUGGCGGUCCAGAACCUCAUAUUAGCCACAAACUCAAGGCAAGGGAAACACGUUGGAUUAUGAUUCUGCGGUCAUGUACUCAAGAAUAGAUUGAUGUCAUCACAAUGCAUCCAUCAUAUUGAGUGGCUUCGAAUACUGCCUUUUUGCUCAAGUGCGAUUGAGCUCAGCAAUAUAGAUCAGAAACUUUUUUGACACCUAAACAAAAUUUGUGGUGCUGAGGUAAGAGACUAUUAAGGGUGUUGCAAAGCGAUAAAAAAUUGGGAUUCGAUCAAAUAGGCCAUGCCGUAAUUAGCACAAGGGCAUUUCUUUGCAAAUGACCUUUCCUUUUUUGUCAAUUGUAUAGGUACUGAAUUUAUUGGUAUUUUAAAAAAAAUGAUGAUGUUAUGUAAGCUUGCCUGGGAUACCAAACUUUCUGCUUCAUAGACCAGGCGACACGACUUGUAGGUUACAUUGAUUUUCAAUUGGGAAGGCUUCUUUUAAUUAACUGACUGUCAUUUUAUCCCAUUUCCAAAUAGCUAACAUGGCCAUACUCUUUGUUUCUAUUCUUUAAAUGGGAUAAUAAGCAUUCUUUGAAAUAGCAUUUGAAUAAUUACUCUCAUCAGGCAGAAAUUGUAAUUUUGAAAUGGCUCAUACUUUUUGCAUGUUGGUGCAAAGUUAUUUGCCUAGACUUGCACAGUACUUGCAAGUAUCAGAAAAAAAGUCCCAAAGUCAAUAUCGCUUUAAAGGGAAAGUUCACCCUGACAAAAAGUUUAUUGUAAAAUAGCAGAAAAAAUAAUUAAAAAUAUUG